GAAAUCUGGAUUUUGGUGGCUGAAACAUAAAACGUGUCUACUGAAAACAAUAAAAGAUAGCCCCCACACGAGACAACACCCACCGUCUCUUUUCUCCAUAGAAAGAAAGAGAGAAGGAAAGAAAGAGAGAAAGAACGAAAGAAAGAAGACGCAGUUGUUGUUGUUGUUGGUGAUACUGAGGAGAAGAAGAUGGAUCUGGCACCGGAAGAGCUUCAAUUUCUGAACAUCCCCGACAUCCUGCGAGAAUCGACCUCAAUCCCAAAGCGUUCUCCGAAGACCUUCUACCUCAUCACGCUCACCCUCAUCUUCCCCCUAUCCUUCGCGAUCCUCGCCCACUCGCUCUUCACGCACCCUCUCAUCGUGCAGCUCCAGAACCCCUUCAACGACCCUUCUCAGGCCUCUCACCAGUGGACCCUCCUCCUCAUCAUCCAGUUCUCCUACCUCCUCUUCCUAUUCGCAUUCUCCCUCCUCUCCACCGCCGCCGUCGUCUUCACCGUCGCAUCCCUCUACACCGCCAAGGCCGUCUCUUUCUCCUCCACCAUCGCCGCCAUCCCACGCGUCUUCAAACGCCUCUUCAUCACCUUCCUCUGGGUCACCCUCCUCAUGAUCCUCUACAACUCCCUCAUCAUCCUCUCCCUCGUCCUCAUCAUCGUCGCCAUCGACACCGACAACUCCCUCCUCCUCCUCUUCUCCCUCCUCAUCAUCCUUUCCCUCUUCCUCGUCGCCCAUGUCUACAUCACCGCCCUCUGGCACCUCGCCUCCGUCGUCUCCGUCCUCGAGCCCGUCUACGGCCUCGCCGCCAUGAAGAAAAGCUACCACCUUCUCAAGGGUCGGACCAAGUACGCCGCCGUUCUCGUCGCCGCCUACCUCGUCGUCUGCAGCAUCAUCUCUGGGAUCUUCAGCGUCGUCGUCGUCCACGGUGGGGACGUCUACGGCGUCUUCACUAGGAUCGUCGUUGGAGGCUUCCUCGUGGGGCUGUUGGUCAUUGUCAAUUUGGUUGGGUUGUUGGUGCAGAGCGUGUUUUACUACGUCUGCAAGAGUUUCCAUCACCAGGGGAUUGAUAAGAGCGCGCUGCACGAUCACCUCGGAGGGUACCUUGGCGAAUACGUGCCUCUCAAGAGCAGCAUUCAGAUGGAGAAUUUGGAUGUAUGACUGUAACCAACCCCUACACGCGCAUGUGCGGAUUAUUUUGGUUGAUCUGUUUCAUUUGUUGCUUUAAAUAAGGAAUUUGAUCAAAUCCUGGUUUAAGAGUAGCUCAGCUCAGCUCAGUUCAGUUCACAUUCACCGGUUGUAUUGUUGUUGGUACAUACGUACAGGAUUUUUCAAUUGAAUUGAGAGCAAAAGGGUUGUUUGUGUUUCUUAGCUCUCUUCUUUCACAUAGUGCUUCAGAUUGAAUCUAUGGCUUAAAAGAAUUAACUACCGUGUUAUAUUGGCUGUAUAUGAUGUUGUAAUGUAGCACCAGGAUAAAUUUCUUGCGGUGGGACUGCUUACUACUUACUAGAAGACAAUACAUUUAUAAUCAAAAUUUCGAUCUGUGUGAUGCUUUCUGAGCAAA